AGAGGAGCAGGAGAGAUGUCUGCCUGUGUCCAGCCUAUUGAGUGCACUACCGACUGCAAGGAUCAGAAUUUCGAUGGCAUAGUUCUGGUCGCUGAGGGCUAUGACAAUCUGCCCAAGGAGCUCGCUUGUCUGAAAGAGCCGCUGGAGGACUACAGCGCAGUGGACAGUGGGCUUGGUGAGCAGGUGGUGGUCCUGAAGGUCCCCGGUCUCCCUGGCAACAGGCUGGUGUUUGCGUCCACCGGCCCGGUGAACCGUGACUAUGAUGACAUCAGGAGGUUCAGUGAUGCUGCCGGCAACGGCAUCAAGAGAGCAUUGAAAGCUGGCCUUCAGCGCCCUCUGCUGGUGUGUCCGUCUCACAACGUUUAUGAGAAGAGCACACUUGUGGGACUGCUGGGAGCCCUUCAAGCUCUUUACCUGCCCCUGGAGCUUCGUGAAGUGAAGCCCUCCCCCCACAAGGUGGCAGUGUUGGGCGUGUGGAUGGCCGACCGGAAACAGGGAAAGGACCUGGUGGACCUGGCCACUGCACUGGAGAGUGGACGGCUGGUGUGUCGGGACAUCGGGGGUUCAGACCCGGAGCGCAUGGCGGCUCCUCGAGUGGCCGAGUACGUCGAGGUGCUCUUUAAAGACAGCCCUGUGAAGGCGACUGUUGUGAGUGAUCUGAAGGUGCUGGAGAAGGAGUAUCCCUGUCUGGCUGCUGUGAACCGUUGUGCCAAUGAUGUGCCACGUCAUCAGGCUAGGGUGAUCAAUCUGCAGUACUGUGGGGAGGGCCCCAUAAAGCGGACACUCAUGCUGGUGGGCAAGGGCAUCACCUAUGACACCGGUGGAGCGGACAUUAAGGCUGGAGGAGUGAUGGCAGGCAUGCACAGAGACAAGUGUGGAGCAGCUGCUGUGGCAGGGUUCUUUGAGGUACUGGCCAAACUGAAGCCUAAACACCUGAAGGUGGUGGGUACCAUGGCGAUGGUACGCAACAGCGUGGGUUCAGAUUGUUACGUGGCGGACGAGUUGAUUGUCUCUCGUGCCGGUCGGCGUGUGCGUGUCGGGAACACAGAUGCUGAGGGGCGCAUGGUGAUGGUGGACCUACUUUGUGAAAUGAAGGAAAAGGCUGGGAAGGAGGUGAAUCCUCAGUUGUUCACCAUUGCCACCCUGACUGGACAUGCCAUUCGUGCCAUGGGGCCCAACUACUCUAUCAUCAUGGACAAUGGCGCUGCCCAUCGUGCUGAAACCGCCCAGAAAAUGCAGAAAGCGGGUGAUGUGUUGGGCGAUGUGUUUGAGGUGUCCCGCAUCCGCCGCGAGGACUACGAGUUCCACCAUGGCAAGUCUGAGUACGAGGAGAUCCUGCAGGCCAAUAACCUCCCGUCCACCCUCACGCCCCGAGGCCACCAGACCCCGUCCGCCUUCCUCAUCAUGGCCUCUGGACUGGACAAGCAUGGUGUGGACUCGGAGAAGCCGCUGCCUUACUCGCACAUAGACAUCGCCGGCUCCUCCGGACCCUUCCCAGGAGUUCCCACUGGGUCACCCAUCCUGGCCAUGGUCAGCAGCUACAUCCUGGGACAGGACUGAACGGCCGUGGCCCGGCCAAUACCAUCCUGACCAGAGGCCAUCCCACACGCACUUCACCCACUCGUCCAUGUGUCCACAGUCACUGCUGUUCAUUUCGUCCCCCAUUUGCAGUCUGUUAACUUUUAGAUCUCCUUUCCAAAACACUCCCUCCAUCCAUGCUUUAAGCUAUCUGUGGGUCCCUCCAACCAAGCUAACUCCGCUGCAGAUGAUUCCAUCCAUUAAGUCCACUCGCUAUCCAUGUCUGUGGUCAGCUGGUGGCAACCCAUCAGUUCCGGCUCUGUCCAAGCCAUUAAGAUGUUGACUCUGGGAAUAAGAUUGAACCAAGCUUUGAAUUUGUAUGCAUACUUUUUAUAUUCUCUACAUGGGUUGUGUGUGUGUGUGUGUGUGUGUGUGUGUGUGUCUGUCCAGUGUUAGGAAAGAAAAAAAUGUGGGCACUUUGAAAUAAAAUAAUUUGAUUUGCACAUCUUCAUUUGUUUCA